GCUUGCUCACGGUUGUGGGACGUUGAAUCGACUGACUACUGCCGCUCUCGAUGAAUUACGAUAUUUGCAGUCUACCGCUCGCGUCGAGUAGCCGAGGGAGCGAGCAGGCCGAGAGGGCCGAACAAGGGACCGACAAAACGGUGGGCUGAGCGAGGGCCGAGGGCCGCGACCGACGAGGCGCGACGAGGGAGGCGAAGAGGCGCGGGGUCAAACUACUGCUGCGUCCACCGCCCGCGCCCUAGGGCGGAUCUUUCGCCGGGCGCGCAAGGCCGCGCAGCCAUACUCAUGGCUGCAGCGCGGUGCCCGCGCGCCGAAGCCGAACUUCAGUCCAGAAGCCAGCCCUCGGUGACGACAUCCUCCUCGUCCUCCACUUCUGGUCAGGAGACUGGCAAAUCUGCUUCCGCCGUCGCCGCCGUCGGCCGCCGUCGCCCCCUCACCAAAUCGAUCCAGGCCGAGACCUCGUCCCCUAGGUAGCCCGAGGGGGCUGCUCCUAGAGUGGCCGUGGCGCCCAUCGCGCGGAAGCUCUCCAUGAUCUUCACCUCUGCGUCCGUCCUGUCGAGAGUGAACACCACCUUCAGCGCGUCUUCUUGCAUGCGCCCCUUGCAAAGCGGCAGCGGCGCGCGAACGUCGGGGGCUCUCCAUCUCGGCCAGGAACGCCUCCAUGCACUCUCGGUUGUUCCUCCUGAUCUCCUCUAUGGCCAGCGCCUCGGUCAUCGCGCAGAAGACCGCGGGCGCUGGGGGCCGAACCCGCGGAGGUCGUUCAUGAUCUUCUCGGCCUCGGCGUCUUGCAUCCUGGAGGUGGCGGCGUCCGUGUCCUUCGCCGCCUUGGCCUUCUCCUUUAGCUUGCUGACCUCCGUGCGCAUGUUGUUCGCCGCCGUCGAGAAGUCCUGGCCCUCGCUCUGCGUCGCCUUGGCCGCGGGCGACUCCUCCUCUGGCAAGACUGUGCGCGCGGCGCGGUGAUCCCCCGCAUCGCGCGCGGGCGCUGCGCCGGUUGCGAUGCAAGCGCCGAGAGGUGGAAGCGGAGCUCCUUGAGGCCGGUGUCCCUGGUCGUGAUCUUCCGCUCCGUGGCCUCGGCGCGACGUAGACCUCCGCGUCGCGUCCUCGGCCUCUGCGCCGACCCCUCUCCUCCCGCUGGGCCGCGAGCUAGUCGAGCACCCGUCUCGGCCCUCUGGCUCGUGCGGCUGGUGCUUUUGGCGUCGGUCGCGAGCUGCCCGGUAAGCCCUGGGGCCGCCAUCUGCCUUUCUUCUCGAACUCCUUCCCCGCCCCCGCCGGCGAUGCUGCCGCCACCCACGUCCUGGCCAUAACUAGAGAGAGGGUUGCAGCACGUGGUACGAAGAGGCCCUCCGUCGAGCGAGCGUCCGCGCCUCGGAGACGGGCAGCAGGAGGCGGCUGGGCAUGGCGGCGCCGUGGUCGCUGUGCAAAUGGCACAGGCCGAGGCAUGACCAUCGAUACGGCACGCCCUUCCAGCGUCGGCGGCAGGUGUGAGCAAACAUGGCU